AUGUCGGAGGAACGCGUGAAAACGACGGAAAUCGGGAAAGAUUUGAUCAAAUUGGUCGAGAAUCCGAAAGUAUGCUCCUUCAGUAUCGAGAGUCUUUUAGCGCCUAGCAAGAACCCUGUUAAAAAGGAAAUUUGCUUGUCCAUUCAAACCGAAACGUAUUUGCACGGUCAUGAAUCAAACGAUUCGGAGGGACGGAAAUUGGUAGCGCCAGAUUCGUCCGUGUCGAUGAUAGAGGAAAUGGAGUUCGAGGAUGCCGAUAUGGUUUGCUCCACAUCCCCCGAACCAGAAAUGUGUUAUGAGGCGUGCACUAGCAGCAGCGGUGCCAAUUCAACGACAAGCGUGGAUAGAGAGGUUCAAGAAAAAAGUGACAGCAUCAUUAGCGAUGACGAAAGAAAGAAGAGGCCUCGCACUGCGUUCACCGCGGCGCAAAUUAAAUCAUUGGAAGCGGAAUUCGAGAGGAACAAAUACCUGAGCGUGACGAAGAGGUUACAGCUCAGUAAAAGUUUGAAGCUGACUGAAACUCAGAUUAAAAUUUGGUUUCAAAAUAGACGUACGAAAUGGAAAAGAAAAUACACAAAUGAUGUGGAGCUCUUGGCCCAACAAUAUUAUUCCAGUUUAGGAAUUCCUGCACCAAGGCCAAUUUUUGUCGAGGAUCGUCUUUGGUUUUUUAAUUAUCCAACGCAAUUACAACCAGGAGCACCGAUUUUUCCACAGCAUUUAGCAACUGUUCCUUUGCCAUCAGCUUUACCCAUUGUACAACCAUUACCAAGUAACAUAACGAUGGGUCCAACUUCGAUUUUUCAAAAUAUCUCCGCAAGUAGUCCGACGUAUCAUUUAAGCCAAAGAUUAGACUUUAGGCAUCAAAAUUCUUAGGUAUAAAAAAAAUGUAAUUCAGUCGUAUUAAAGGAUUUCAUGUUUAAUUACAUAUGUGAUACGUAUUUUUGAAAAUUUUAAAACAUUAUAAAAAACAAUUAAGAUAUUCAUUAAUUUUUUUAUUACUUUAAUAAAUAAGCAAUGUUAUAAU